AUGACAGUGAGAAAUGGCGAAACUUGCUAUUUUUGGUCAAGUAACUGGUCACCAUUUGGAAGCAUCUCGAAACACCUUCGGGGCGAAAGCUCCCACAACACUGGUAUCCCUAGAACGGCUACCUUGGCAGAGCUUUGGGAGCUCAGCGAUUGGAACCUCCCUCCAGCACGGUCAGAUGCACAAGUCCGUGUUCAGUCCUUCCUGUCAACCCUUCAGAUUACUAAUGAACCAGAUAAAUUCGAGUGGAUGCCAGGGGGGAAUAAAUCUAAGGUGUACUCAACAAAGACCGUCUAUAAUUUGUUGCGUGAUCACCAUGAACAGGUUUCUUGGUCAAAGGAGGUCUGGAUCUCUAUGGGCAUCCCUAGGCACAAGUUCUUGCCCUGGUUAUUUGUUCUUGAUAGGUGCCCUACAAAGAAUAGGAUGGUGGAGUGGGGAAUCGACAUUGACCCUGUCUGCAUUCUAUGCAACUCCGGCAUUGAGUCCAAAGACCACUUAUACUAUUCUUGCCCUUAUUCGUGGGAGGUUUGGAACUCAGUGGCUAAUAGAUCGGGAUUUACUUCUCCAACAGCAUGGAGCGACGUCCUCACUCGGUGA